GCUUCUCACUUUUCUACCCAACCUAACAUCCCUCUAACACGACGACAGCUCUGACGUCUCUUCCAGCAACCAUGACGACCAUGGAACACGACAUCCGCCUCGAGGACUACCUCGACGACAAGCUCCAAUCCACCACCGACUUCGAUCACCUCGACACCCUCCUCUCCUCGGUUGAACACCAACGCUCCCAGCUCCAAUCCCAACUCGACGACGCCACCGCCGCCCUCGCCCAGGCCAGGCAGUCGGAAUCCGACCGCCAAAACGCCCUCAUGGCCCAAAUAGACGAGUUCCAAAGCCUCCAAUCCUCCAUCGACGUCCGCCUCCAGAUCAUCGCCUCCUCCGACGCCCCCGACGAAGCACUCAAACGCCUCGAGGCACCGAUGGGACAGCUCCGCAAGGUGGACCUAGCCUACAAAUACCUCCUCCUCCUCCAAGACGUGGCCAAACUCCGCCAGGAAGCCCGAUCACACCUCCCCGAGUCUCCCAAGCAGGCGUUGGAGCCGUACACCAAGCUCAAGCAGCUCUGUCUUAGACUCAAGGAGCUUCAAAACAAUGCAGACGGGGCAGCGGUGCAUCUGGUUAACUUUGUCGAGGGGGUCACAGAGACGUUAUGGGACGAGAUGAAAGCCACCAUGUCCGCCGAGCUGGAAGCGGUCCUCAAAGCUAGGAAAUGGCCCAACGUUGAUCCCGACAAUGCAGAAGUGGAUGAGGAGUGGCUUGGCUGUUUUGAGAAGCUGAUUGAUCUUCAGGUACCUGAAGUUCUCUACUCACCGACGGUGGUUACCCUUUUACCGUUUGAGGUCAUGGCCCAGAUUUUUGUCAAGGAGUUUAGGUUUCAUUUUAUGAGUGAUAAACCCACCAGCGCGCCGCAGGCGAUUGGGGCGCAUUGUUUCCCUUGGUUUACUGCCUUGCUGGAGAAAUGGGAGGAUUUCCUGAGGGAUAAUUUUGGCGGGGUGUUGGCGGCGAGGUUUGCCGAGACGGGGGUGGGGGAAAGGAUGGUGUAUAUGGAUCCGGUGUGUGGGUUUAUUACGGCCAUGUUGCCGGUGGUGAGGGAGAAGGUGAGAGAUACGCUUGAGGCUACGAGGGGGGAUGCGGCGUUUUUGAGCAGCUUGAUGGGGCAGCUCAUGAGUUUUGAUGAGACGUUGAGGGGAGGGUUCGCGUAUGAUGGGGGCGAUGAUGAUGUGGAGGAGGGAUGGGGGGGUUUGACUUCGGAAGUCCUGCAAGAUCACUUUAGAACUUGGUUGGAAGCCGAAAAACAGUUUGCGCUCGAGAGAUACCAAGGUAUCAUGAAGACUCAGGAUGCGAGGAUGAUCGACUAUGAUUUUGCUGGAGCGGGGAAGACGAAGCCGACGUUUGCGGCGGUGAGGGUGACGGAUUUGCUGAAGAACGUCACGACGCAGUAUGAGAGGGUGAGGAGGUUUUCGCACAAGUUGAGGUUUUUGAUUGAUAUCCAGCUUACUAUUCUGGACGAGUAUCAUGACCACUUGAGGGGGACGCUGGAGGCGUAUUUGAGCAUUACGUCUACGGUAGGGAGGGCGUUUGGGGUGACGAAGGAGCAGAUUGCUGCGUUGGAGGGGACGGGGGCUUUGGAGACGUUGUGUAAGGUCUAUGGGAGUGCGGAUCAUGUGGUGAAUGCGCUGAAAGAUUGGAGCAACGAAGAGUUCUUCAUCACCAUGUGGGAACAACUCCAAAGCCGCGCCAAGGUUACCGAAGACCAAAGCAACCUCGCCGGCGGCAUGAGCUACGACCACGUCCGGAACCGCACCUCGGCUGUUGUCGGCACAGAAGACAAUGACAAUGGCGUCCUCUUUGACGAGACCAUCGCCGCCUACAGCGCGAGAAGGCAAACCGCCCAAAAGCUCUUGUCGGAAGCACUAGCCAGCUCCCACCACAAAAUCUUCAGAGCCUACCUCCACCGCGCACAGUGGACCACCAUCUCGGACGAGGUUGAUAAUCUGGCCAUCACGGCCGAACUAGAUGAACCACUCCGUAUCCUCAAACGAGACCUCGACUUCCUCUCCCGGGCACUGGGGACCGCUCCCUUCCGCAGGGUUUGGCGGCAGGCGCUGGAGAAGCUGAAUGAUAUUCUCUGGACGGAGGUGCUAAUGUCGCACAAGUUCACCGCUUCAGGUGCAGCACAGUUUGCGAGGGAUCUGACCGCGAUUGAGGGGGUGGUGGAGAGGUAUAUCCCCGAUGGGUCGAGUGCCUUGGGGAGCUUGAGUGAUGCGGUCAGGUUGUUGAAUUUGCCGCUCGAGGGAGAAGGAAUGACGUUGAAGAAGGCCACAGACAUGGUUUACACAGACAAUACCGAGGCGAAGAAGAUGCUGGAGGAGGUCGGGGUUGCGGAUGGGGGCUUGACGGCUGCGAAUGCGAGGCAGAUUUUGGGGAGGAGGGUUGAGAAUGCCGAGUAGGAAUAGAAGAAGAACAAAUCGCUUCAUUUGGCUAGAAAUCUAGAGAAGGGGAAAAAAAAAAAAAAAUCAAAUGGAUAUCAUCCGACCCUUUGGUGUACAAUAUCCC